AUGGACGAAGAGGAAGGAUAUCUGCUCUCCCCAGCUCCAACUUGUGGCAGGUCUCGUCUACCCUACAACUACCCAACAUCCGAGUCGUCAAGUACCACCCGCCGCUCCUUAGUCGAUGGCGAGGAUCCCUUGCGCCACUCAUUCUCAGCCGGUCAACAGCCACAGACCAGCAAGUCAUCUUACUCACUCUCUUCGAUUGAUGUUGACGAGACGCUUUCAUCGCAUUCUACUAAGGCGACAACGGUCAAGCCAGGACCCAGGGUACGUACCUGGAAUCCUGCCACAUGGUUCCGACGAGUCGACCCAUCGAAACUCGCAGGUUGGAGAUUCGGCGCCCUUUUAGGAUUCGUCCUGUGUGCCGUCAUCCUGGUUUGUAAUCUUGUUCUCCUCGCCGUCGGAUGGUCCAGGGCCAGUAGGACGAGGGGCAUGGGCAUUGUCUCUAGUGGCAGCGCCACCAAAGUCGCCUGGCUGGGAACCUUCUCCCAUAUUCUCAUCAACGUUUUCAGCACCGCUCUACUUUCAGCAAGCAACUAUUGCAUGCAGGUUAUAACAGCACCUACACGGGAGCAGGCGGAUGCGGCGCACCAUGACGGAGGAUUUGUCGACAUUGGUGUCCUGACUCGCUCCCUCUCCAUCUAUUGUGGGCCGACCUUUGUUCCGAUAUACCUUGGAGUUCCACAUGAACUGACCAGCAGCAGCUACAACUCGGCCGUGUCUGACGUUCUGGGUGGCCGAGCAUUCACUGUCACCACAGUUGCCAACACCAGCCUGCCUACAUUUCUUGCGAACCACGACCAUAGUGCCUAUCAAUCUAUCUCUAAUGAGCAAUGGGCUGUAGCAUACAGCACAAACCCUGUCACCCAGUGGGGCAAUCUCUAUCUUUUCGUCGAUGCCUACUCCUUCGGCAUCAAUUAUGACUUGGAAACGGCUACGACCUGGCUCGAAAAAGCAUCAGUGAAGCCCCCUAGCCACUUCGGUCCAAGCAGCCAAUUGAUCGUGCCACUGACGCACUAUGCUCGUGAAAAUGCGUCCAUGUUCCCCCAUGUGUCUCUGCCAGAGCCGUACUCGCCUAACUUUCAGAAUUUGUCGGGCUUCACACGGUCAGCCACAUACACUCUCGCGGAUACGGGUUGGCUUUAUUAUGACGACGUGACUCUGCAUGUCCAGACUGCCAUUGCAGAACACGUCUUCGACUCGAGCAAGGUCGAGAUUUCCCUUAUCUUUAUAGGGAUUGUAGUGUUUUGCAACGUUGCCAAGGUUUGCGCCAUGGGCAUUCUUGUGAAGCGAUGGCGGGCGCAGCCUCUUGUGACUGUGGGCGAUGGGAUAGCGUCCUUCUUGGAUCGACCGGACUCCACAACGAUCGGCUGUUGUGUCGCGACGAAGAAGGAAAUCCUGCAGCGUAUGCGGAGCAAAUCAAUGAAAGCAGCGGACCCCGGUGGCGUCGAAUUGGUCUGGUCGUCAACGAAGUUCCAGCUAAGAAAGUCCAUGAGUCGACGAUGUGCGAGUGUUUUCCUGGGCAUUCUACUAACACUUUGGUGGACGACCUUCGCCUGCUUGAUAGCCGCUUUCUUGAGAAAACAAAGCGGAGGACUUUGGCAUUGGGGUACAGCUUCGGAGCUGACUCUCGACGCCACAUCGUCCAGUUUCGAUCUCAAAAGCAUCAUGAUCAACACAUGGCUGGCAAACUCACCUCAAGUUCUCCUUUCGGCAUCCUACUUUUACACCAACAGCCUGCUGACGACCAUGUACUCUGCUCACGAAUGGAACGAGUACGGCGCUCACCGCAAGAGUCUCCGCGUCUCGACACCCGAGGGACGACAACGAAGCCAGCACUUCCUCCAACUGCCGUAUCGUAUUGCAGUUCCUCUGACAGUCUAUUCGGGAGUCCUGCACUGGCUUCUUUCGCAAAGCUUGUUCCUCCGACGAAUCGAGUUCCGCGACGAGGCCGGUGCCAUCAUGGUCGAUUCAUCCCUGUGUACCUGCGGCUACUCACCGCUUAGCCUGCUGAUAUUUGCUAUUGUGCUUUUCACCGGCUCCAUUGUCGUCUACGUCACUUGUUUCUUGACCUUCAAGCAGAGACUUCCGUUCGGCGCCAACUGCAGUCUCAUCAUCAGUGCAGCAUGUCAUCCCCCACCAGACGACGUCGACGCUCAUCUCAAAGCUGUACAGUGGGGGGUGGUGCAAAACCGGUUCUCUUCUGGCGAGCGAGCUAUUCGCCACUGCACAUUUACCAGCGAGGAAGUGACGCCGCCAGAAGAUGGAAAAAUCUUCGCAACGACGACCCCGCUCCUCACGCCCCUGAAUGUGACGCUGGUGAUCCUGAUCCUCACGCUCCUGUACCUGCGGCUGCGGCCACAAUCGACCCCGUCCCUACCCCCGGGCCCGCAACCGAUCGUCUUCCAGACCUUCACGCCGCGCACUCUGCUCAAGAACAACGGCACCGCCAACAACCCGGUCUACCUGGCCGUGCGGGGCAAGGUGUACGACGUCUCGUCGGGCCGCAACUUCUACGGGCCCGGCGGGCCGUACGAGAACUUUGCCGGGCGCGACGCCACGAGGGGCCUGGCCUGCCAGAGCUUCGACGAGGACAUGUUGACAAAGGACCUCGAUGGGCCAUUGGAUCCCUGUGACGACCUCACGCCCGAGCAGCUGGACAAUUUGAACGGGUGGAUCGAGAGGUUUGAUGAGAAGCUCAAAAGCUCUAAACGUACAGUCUCAUAA